AUGGCGGUCUAUUCCGACACGAUCAUCACAAAUAUCAAGCGGCCUCACAAGCAAGACCUAGGCCAGGAAUAUCCACCCGGCACUAGACAUAUCGAUAACCAACUCCGUCACAACAAUCGCCCUAUCCGGCACGAAGGGGACUUCUGGGUCUACGAAGACAACAACAGAUACGCCCCUCCAAAUUACGAUAACUGCUCAUACCGAAACGGGCGUUAUUACUUCACCCUUGAAGACGGAACAGAAGAAGAGGAUAUUUGGAACGAAACAGAAGCUCAGUGGGAAUUAGCCCCACAAUACAGGGAACCGGCGCCGGUAAUCCCCGAAGACUCGGAGCAGGAGGAAACAACCUCAGAAUCAGACUCCGACUCACCAGACCAAACACCAAUCAACACCCAAAACAAACCGCUUGCCGAAAUGUCGGGACAAGCUUCGACUUCUACAGACCCCCCUUCCGCAACAGUACAACCCGGGAGAGGAAAGGUCAAACUCCCAGACAACUAUACAGGCAACCGCAUUGAAUCCCAGAAAUUCAUGCUCCAAUGCCUCCUUCUUUUCGCAGCAGAAUCCGACCGGUAUAAGACCAAUCAAGACAAAAUAUCCCUGGUGCUUUCAUGCAUGAGAUAUGGCACGGCAGGAGCUUGGGCCGAGAACUUCCUUCUCAAAUCAAGGGACUUUUUAACAAAGUUCAAGCUCCAAUUUAGGGAGACAGGCAAGACCGAUAAAGCGCGAAGCGCACUCAUGGCCUUCUCCCAAGGACGAAUGACGGUUGAUGAAUACUCCAAUCAAUUCAUUCUCAUCGCCGCCGAUGCCGACAUCUCCGACAAGGAACAAGUCCCUUACUUCCAACGCGGGUUAGACCCGCGUGUCAUGGACAAAAUAUAUGACAAAGAAGUACAGCCAAAGGACACCAUCCAGGACUGGAUUAAUACAGCCUGCGAAAUAGACGGACGACUCAGAGCUAGAUUGGCUCAAAAGGCCAUCCUCGCCAACUCCACCUCCUUUCGCAGCGAUUACUUGAAUCGUUUCCACACUCAACCAGCCGUCCGCUACAACUCCACCACCGCUCCUCAAAGGAUGAACAACCAGGUGUUCGAGGAAACUCGAAGAGACGCCUGGGUACGACAGGGAGAGGAAACCGCGUGGUUGAUUUGGAAGGAGAAGACUACGCACCCGCUAUGGGAGACCAAGCGGGAAUAUAUCGAGGAGUGGAGACAGAGGAUGUUCCUCGCAAUGACCAGCGGGUACCACAACCUGGUCCUUCGAUGGAACGUCUUCACUCUCCCCCAUCCGGACGACCCCAAACAAACCAUGGGCAACGCGCUAUGUUACCUAACGGACGACAGGGAAACGGAAGCGUCAGUCAUUCUGCUCGAAUCGGAGCAGUGCUUGGAGAAUUAG